AUGACAGAAGAAAUAUUUGGGCCAUUGCUUCCAGUAAUUACAUUGUCGAAAAUUGAAGAUAGUAUUCAAUUUAUCAAGUCAAGGCCUAAGGCUCUCACUAUUUAUGCCUUCACCAACAAUGAAACAUUCAAGAAAAGGGUGAUAUCUGAGACAUCUUCAGGAAGUGUGACAUUUAAUGACGCUGUAAUCCAGUAUGCAGCAGAUACUAUCCCAUUUGGAGGAACUGGUGAAAGUGGAUUUGGCAAGUACCAUGGAAAAUUCUCUUUUGAUAACUUCACCCAUGAAAAGGCAGUUCUAAGUAGAAGCUUCCUAACAGACUUUUGGUUCAGAUACCCUCCAUGGAAUGACCACAAGUUGCAGCUCUUUAAGUCAAUUUACAGAUUUGAUUAUCUUGGCAUUCUUCUCACCAUGUUGGGCUUCAACAAAUCUUAA